AUGACAGAUAUAUCGGAAAAUUUCGACAAUCUACAGCAUUCUAACAACCUCAUGGAAAUGAAAAAAGAAAAUAAGAAACAACCAUUUCCCAAUUUAGAACAAAGGAAAGGUGGAGUAAUUCACAUAAAGAACAAUGCACAAAAAAAUGGAUCCGUCACAAAUACAGCUUCAGCUCGUAAAAGAUCAAAUUCACAAUCACAAGUUGUAAAUCUACCGAUUAAACCAAAAACAUCUAGAGACAUAUCAAAUUCAUAUAAUUAUAAUAAUUUCACAAAUUCAUAUCCUAGAAAGAGAAAUCAGAUACAAUAUUAUGUUACUCUACUACCGUUGAAUGAUACUUUUGUUAAGAAGCAUUUACCAGUUUCGAUAUUUCCAGAAACAACUAAACUUGGGAGACCAACAGGAACGAAGCACAAACCAGAUUUCACAAAUGGGUACUUUGAUUCGAGAGUUUUAUCGAGAAAUCAUGCACAAAUCUACGUUGACUCAAAUAAUGGAAAAUUAAUGCUACAAGAUUUGGGAUCAUCGAAUGGUACAUAUCUAAAUGACACUAGACUUUCGAAUGAGCCAACUGAAGUGAAGAUUGGAGAUGUCGUUUGUCUUGGGUUUAAUGUACAAGCAGAAUCAACACAUAAACAAAUAAGCCUAAAAAUAGAAAAUGUAGAUAUUGUUGCAAAUACAAAAUUUGAUACUUCAGCAUUAAACAAAAAUCAAUUUGACACCCCACAAUUCAAACAUCUUUCAUUUGUUGAAGAAAUAUAUCGAAAAAUAAAUACGGAAGACAAAGAAGCGCAAAAACUGUCAACAAGUUUUGACACCGCAAUGUUUGGUGAUGUGAAUCCAAUAUUAGAUGAUGAACUUCUAGGUUUGUUUUUAAAUAAUACAGGUAUAUAUAAUAAUUCACAAAUCACAAACACAUCCACUUUUGAAAAAGUUAUCAAUACUUUACUCGACACUUUGUCAAAAGUCAAACAGCAAUCAUCAGCUAUUAAUUCAUUGCAAAAUUUUAUUACUAAUUAUGAACAAGAGAAGGACGAAUUGAAUAAAAAGUACAUAGAAGAAGAAUUUUCACAAAGAAGUGAAAUACUAAGAGAAGAGUUGAAACAAGAGCAACUUAAAAGUAAGUCAUUGGAAGGAAAGCUAAAUAAAUUUAAAACAGACAAAGAAGCUGAGAUAGAAGAAUUAAAUAACAAAUUAAAAACAGUUGAAAAUGAGAAAUCAAGUAUGUUUACUUCAAUAAAAGAUUUACAGGAAAAAAUAAAUUUCAACGAAAGGAAAUACAAAACUUUAACUGAGCAACUAGAGGAACUUCGACAGCCCAAGAUUACCAAGGAAGCGUCAACAUCUACCUCCGGUGAUUUUCUGAAUGAAGAGCAUGAUCUUGUAUCUGAUGCAAUCAACGGAUUCAUAAUGGAUUUAUCUCGAACACCAUCAGUACGUGAUAACAUGAAAGGUCUAGAAAGUGCGCUGAUAAAUAAAAGCACUACUUUGAAAGAUGCAAUUGAAUUAACGCCGCCUUCAUCAGAUAAUGAGGAAGAGGAAAAUGAACCAGACGAGAAUAAUGUUGAAGCAGAUGAGAUCAACCAUCAGAACGGAAAUCAAUCUAGAAAAUCCUCAAAAGAUUUAUACAGAGAAAAUUUGUCAUCAUCAUCAAUAAUAGCUACAAACUUAAUGUUAAAUGAUGUUGAGCCAUUUCCAAAGGUUGAAGAUUCACCAAGUGUUUCUUCAACGAGUUCAAAUAUUCUGCUUUCGGAAAGAUCUAUUCCAGGUUCAUCCAAUUUAACACAACAUAACAAAUUUGUUUCAAUGAAGUUAUCAGAUCAGGAUAAACAAAGAUUUUCCACUUUUGCUAUUGCUAUGUCUUUCUUAUUGUUAGGAUAUUAUUUACAAAGAUUGGUUAAUUAA